ACCCAACACCCCAUCGACCCCACUCCUCACCGUUACCUUGUACCCUUUCCAUGGCGGGACCUUGCCCAGUACCGCUCCAGCACUGAGGAGGUUAAACCGCUCUGUAAACAGUUACGGAAAUAGCAGCUGGCCAGAGCCAGGCCCGGCUCUCUGUGUUGAUCAGGAGGGUGGCGGGCCUGCCGGUGAUGUCCCGCCGCGGCCUCGCGCUGAGGUCUCUGAGCCGGGACAGGGAGGCAGCUGUGUGGAGGAGGAGGUGGGGUCGCGGCUGCCUCCCGCCCCACUCACUGGUGUGUGCGGACAGCUUGGUUCACAACGCCCUGUACACCGGAGACCUGCACAGGGUCCGAUGCCUCUUCACCAGGGGCAGCGUCGGGGAUCUGCUAAUCCCACAGGCUGAGGAGAGCGUGCAGCCGGCACCCAGACUGGGGAUCUGGUCACUGUGCUACAAGCAGGAGUUCACCACGCCGCUGCAGAUCUGCUCGAGCAGGGGAUAUGACCAGUGUGUGCGGCACCUACUGUCCUGUGGAGCUGAGCCCGACUUUUCUCCCGGAGGGAAGACUGCCCUGCACGAGGCGUGUGAGAACUCCCAGGCUGAGUGUGCACGGCUACUGCUGAGAGCGGGAGCUAACCCAAAUGCAGUGUCCGAGGACGGCUAUUGUCCGCUGCAUCUCUGCACCUCCCCCGAGUCCCUGAGAUGUGCGCAAUACUUACUGGAACUUGGUGGCCACGUUAACAGUCGGACCGAGGAAAAGGAUGACACUGCACUGCACAUUGCUUCCAGGUUUGGCCUGGAGGAGCACGUCAACUUGUACCUCAACUACGGAGCCUCGAUUAACCGGUUAAAUAAGUGUGGUCAAACUGCCUUACACUGCGUGUGUGGUCAGCCCCACAGCCACGCAGACACUGAGAGGUAUUACCGGGUGUGCAGAAAGCUGGUGGAGAGUGGAGCCAGUGUGACAGCUCUGGACGAGGAGCAGCAGUCUGCUCUACACCUAGCCUGUUACACAGCCAACCACAGGAUCGUGGACCUGCUCCUCGCCAAGGGCAUUGAUGUCAACCGCAUGGAUUACGGUGGCAAUGCCCCACUUCACAAAGCCCUGCAAGCUGUCAGCUACAAGCUGGAUCAUGAGCCCGAGCGCAUAGUGCGGUCCCUCCUGAACUACGGAUCCAUCCGCAUCUGGCCAGGUGCUUUUCCCAAGGUGUUGAAAUACUGUUCCAAGUCUCCGGCAACGAUUGAGGUUCUGCUCAAUGUCUACGACCACCUCAAGGUGACAGACGAAUGGCUGAAGGCAAUCCCACUGGAAGUUCUGCGGGAACACGCCGAGUUCUACAGCUUGCUGGACUCGGUGCUGCGCACUCCGCGCUCCCUGCAGCACCUGUCUCGGUGCGUCAUCCGCGCUCACUGCCGAGGCUCGUGCGCGAGCGCCGUGCCCGCGCUGCCGCUGCCCUCCGCCCUCAAAAACUUCCUGCUGCUGGAGAUCCACGGUUUCCUGAUGUAGGGGUGGCAACAGGUCCGCGCACCCGGCAGGUACACCGUCAAGCUAGGGCCACACCCGAUCAGCACUGACUCCGCCCACUGGACAUUGGCUCCUCCCAUCGGAACACAGAACCACCCCCACCCCCCACCCGUCCCCCGGGACCGGCCCCGAUCACAGCCUCACGGGAGUCCGCUGUCGAGUGAGUUCAGUGUAGUCAGUGAAUGGAAGAGGGUGUGAAUUGGGGGAGGGGCAGAGAGGGUCGGGGGAGGAGAAAGAAAAGGUGGAGAAUGUGGAGGGGUGCAGGGAGAAGGAUGAGGAC